CCAGUACUCCAGGUCCGCCCGCCUUCGGGUGCCAGACCAGCGACAUGGAGGGUUGCGUCGGGGAGGAAUCUUUCCAGAUGUGGGAGCUCAAUCGACGUCUGGAAGCCUACCUGACCCGGGUCAAGACGCUAGAGGAGCAGAACCAGCUGCUCAGCGCCGAGCUUGGGGGACUCCGGGCGCAGUCCGGGGACACCUCCUGGCGGGCCCGAGCCGACGACGAGCUGGCAGCCCUGCGGGUCCUCGUCGAUCAGCGCUGGCGGGAGAAGCACGCGGCUGAAGUGCAGCGCGACAACCUUGCAGAGGAGCUGGAGGGCGUGGCGGGCCGGUGCCAGCAGGUGCGGCUCGCCCGCGAGCGGACCUGCGAGGAGGCCGCCUGCAGCCGCCGCGCCCUCGAAGCAGAGAAGAGCGCGCGGGGCUGGCUGAGCGCCCAGGCGGCCGAGCUAGAGCGCGAGUUAGAGGCUCUGCGAGCCGCGCACGACGAAGAGCGCGCGCACCUGAACGCUCAGGCGGUCUGUGCGGCGCGCCGGUCCCCCGCGCCGCCCCGCGGACCCCCUGCACGGGCCCCCGAAGUGGAGGAGCUGGCCAAGAGGCUAGGCGAAGCGUGGCGCGGAGCGGUGCGCGACUACCAGGAGCGCGUGGCUCACAUGGAGAGCUCGCUGGGCCAGGCCCGUGAGCAGCUGGGCCAAGCCGUGCGGGGCGCUCGGGAGGGUCGCCUAGAGCUGCAGCAGCUGCAGGCUGAACGCGACAGCCUCCAGGGGCGCAGAGAGGCGCUGGAACAGAGAUUAGAGGGCCGCUGGCAGGACCGGCUACAGGCCACUGAAAAGUUUCAGCUGGCUGUGGAAGCCCUGGAACAGGAGAAACAGGGCCUACAGGGCCAGAUUGCUCAGAUCCUGGAAGGUGGGCAGCAGCUGGCACACCUCAAGAUGUCCCUUAGUCUGGAGGUGGCUACGUACAGGACUCUGCUAGAGGCUGAGAACUCCAGGUUGCAGACACCUGGCCGAAGUUCCCAGGCUUCCCGUGGCUUUCUGGACCCCAAGCUGAAGCUCCAUUUCCUUGGGACACCAGAGGACCAGCACCUGGGAUCUGUGCCCCCUGUCCUCAGCCUGACAGCCCUCCCUUCCCCUUUGCCUAAUGCCCUUGAGACUCCUGUGGCAGCCUUUCUGAAGACCCAGGAAUUCCUUCAGGCCCAAACCCCAACCUUGGCCAGCACUCCCAUCUCACCCAUGUCUGAGGCUCUCUGUCCUACAAAUGCAGAGGCCAGAGCCCAGGGUGUCCCUGCUUCCCUGCUCCAGACACAGGGUGAGCGGCAGCAGUCUCCAGAGCCUCUCUGGGCUGAAGCCACAGUGCCCCUUUCUACUAGUGUCCUCCCAGAUCUAGAGGAGCCUGGGGGCAAGCAGCCCAGCCACUUCCCUGAGGAUCUGUCCUCCUUGGCCCCAUCCCUCAACCCUCACCACCCUAUUUUAGAGGCUAAAGAUGGAGGGUCCAGCAAGUUGAGAGUAUCUAGCACAUUUCAGGAAGAUGAAGGGCAAGCCUGGGAGCUGGUAGAGAAAGAAGCAGCCAUAGAGGUAGAAAAAGAGAGCAGCUUAGGACAGGAGACACAAGAAGGUGGUCCGUAUGCAGAAGAAAUCCAGGAUUCCCAGAGUCCUUUGCAAAAGGAAACCCUGGAGGCUGUAGGAGAGGAGCCACUGAUAUGUCAGGAAAUCCAGAGCUGUGAGACACCAGUGAAAGAGAACUGCAAUUCUCUGAGGUCUAUAGAAGAGAACCUGGAAACACAAAAAAGUCCAGAAAAAGAAAAGCAAGCACUACUGAAGUCUUUAGAAGAAAAAGAUGUAGAGGCAGAGCAAACUCAAGAAAGUGGGAUUUCUGAACUAUCUAAGCCUUUAGAAAAAGAAGACCCAAGAAUCAUGGAUCAAGAAUUAAUGUCUCCUGAAGGUACACUAGAGACAGUUUCAUUUCUAGGAAAGGAAAACCAAGAAGCAGUGGGGUUUUCCGAAGAGGGGCACUCAAAGUCAUUGACUUUUAAAAAUGAGAGCCAAUAUCCACUGGGAUGUCCAGAAGCAGAGGGCCAGGGGUCCCUGAGGUCUCCAGAAGAGGAGGACCAGGAGGCAUUUAGACUUCUGGAGAAAGAGAAUCAGGAGCCACUAAGGUUAGAAGAAGCAGGAAACCAGAUAAUUGAGAGACUGGUAGAGCAAGAGGACCCGGAGUCCCUGAGGUCUCCAGAAGAGCAGGACCAGAGGACUGUGAAACCUCUAGAAAGAAAGAAUCCAGAAUCUCUCAGGUCUCUUGAUGAAAACCAGGAGACGAUUCUCCCACUAGAAAGCACAAACCAGAGGCCACUGAGAUCUCUAGAAGAAGAAGAGGAAGAGCAGAGAACUGUGAAAGCUCUAGAGAAAGUGAGUCAGGACUCCCUCAGGUCUCCAAAAAAAGAGAGCAUGGAGCCACUGAGGCCUCUAGAAGAAGAUGACCAGGUGAUUGAGAACUUGCUAGAAAAAGAGGCUCACGAGUCCCUGGGGUCUCUUGAAGAUAGAAACAUUGAGCCCAUUAGAACACCAGAACACGAGGCCACAGAUUCGCUGAGGUCUCUAGCAGAGGAGGACCAGAGGAUUGUGAAACAGCUAGAAAAAGAAAACCCGGAGCUCCCGAGGUCUCUAGAAGAAGAAGAGCGGGUGACCAAGAGAUCUCUAGAUGGAGAGAACCAAGAACCACUGAGUUCUGUAGAAAAAAAGGACCAGAUGAUUGAGAACCUACUAGAAAAAGAGAGUCAGGACUCAGUGAGGUCUCUUGAAGGUGAGAGCCAGGCGACCUUUAGACCUCCGGGAAAAGAGACCCCAGAGUCCCUGAGACCUCUAGAAGGACAGGACCAAGAGAUACAGAGACUUGAACAAGAGACUCAGCAGACACUGAGGGAUGAAGGGGUUGACCAGGUGACAGUGAGCCUACCAAAUAAGGUAGAUCCAGAGUUACUGAAGCCUCUUGGAAAAGAUGAGAAUCCGGAGUCGCUGGUGUCACUGAAGGGCAGAAGCGUGGAGCCAGUGAGGCCUUCAGAAGCAGAGAACACAGAACCGAAGGAUGCGCAAGAUGGCCUGGAGAUGACGAACUCUGCAGACGCCCACGAGCCACUGUGGUCUACGGAAGUGACCAGAGAGACAGUGAAACCUCUAGAAAAUGAAAUUCGGGGAUCACUGGGGUAUGUGGAUGAGAACCAAGAGCCACUGAGACCCCUUGAAAGGGAGAAUCAGGAACUGAGAUCUCUGGGUAAGUGGGACCCAGAGACUGUGGAGUCUCCGGAAGGAACAGAGCAGAGCCAGCAGCACCUGGAAGAGGAAGGGUGCCUGGAGACAGAAGAGCACCAAGAAUCGCCCAGGUCUCCGGAGCUGCCUGGGUCUGGAAAUCAACAAAGGUGUGGGAAUGUGGAGGAGAACGGAGCAGUGGGUCAGGACCCAUCUCUGAGGAGGACAGGAGUGGAAAGUGAGGAUGAGGCAGAGCUGUGUCUGGGUGGGCAAGGUGGGAAGGAAGAAGCUGCAGGGGAGAGGAAGUUGCAGCAGGAUGUGGUCAUGGGGGAGGCUUGGAGCCUGGAGAGUUCUGAGCCCAAGGAGCGGAGGGUUCCUGCCGAGGAAGGGAACAGAGAGGGGAAUGCUGAGGACCUGGAGGGACAGCCAGAGCAGAUGGGGACCCUGGAGGUCCCAGUUGCUCAGGGAAUGCCUGAGGUGGCAGAGCAAGAUGAGGAUACAGCCCAAGCAGGUGAACAAGACUCCACAGAGGUGACCCUGGGGUUAGAGACUGCUGCUACCAGAGCAGGACUGGAAAUGGAGCCGGAAAUGGUAGGGCUAGGGGACCCAAGGCAUGUCGCCAGCGAGGAGGAGGUCAUUCACCCAUCCCUGGGGGAGGAAAGUGUGAAGGCAAAGAUAGCCCAAGGCUUGGAAGGGCCUGGAAAAGAACCAAAGGAAGCAGGUGCUCUGGAAUCAGAGAUCCUUGACUUGCCCAAGACUAACAGAGACGCUCUUGAACACAAGGGCAGCAAAGAGUCAGAGCAUGUGGUGGGCUGGGGAGCAGAGGAGGCCUCAGCACAGUCCUCGGACCAUGAAGGCAGCGAGGCCCCUCAGCCUAGGCCCCCAGAGACAGAGGAAGAUGAGGGCGCACAGGCAUCACCGACACCGCCUGGUCUCAAGGUCAUGGAACUCCAUUCACCCAUCCCAAUCCUGAAAGAUGCCGAGGAGCUGCAGCCCCGGGGUGAGGGGACCCGGGAGGCAGGUUGGCAGCUAGAAGGGGGGUCUGACGCACUGGGAAGGGUAGAUGAUGAACAAGAGUUAGGUCUUGGGGAGAUCCCUGAGGGCCUCCAGGAUUGGGAGGAGAACAGAGAAGAAAGUGACGGUGGUGAUUUAGGGGAGACCCUCCCUGAUUCUACUCCCCUGGGCCUCUACCUGAGGUCCCCUGCCUCCCCAAAGUGGGACCUGGCCAGAGAGCAGAGGCUCUCCCCUCAAGGGGAGGCCAGGAAUGAAGGCUGGGGGCCUGCUGUCCUGGCUGCCCAGGGCCUCAGCGACCCACCAGAGGAGGAGGAGGAGGAAGAGGAGGAGGAGGGAGAGCAAGGCCAGGACUCUGACUUGUCAUCUGAGGAAUUUGAGGACCUGGGCACUGAGGCCUCUCUUCUUCCAGGGUCUCCCAAAGGGGCGGCAGAUCACCUGGGCCAGGUGCCCUCAGUACUGGAGCCUACAUGCUGGGAUCAGGGUGGGGAGUCUGACGGGUUUGCUGAUGAGGAGAGUGGGGAGGAGGGGGAGGAAGAAGAGCAAGAGAGAGAGGCAGAGUCAGAGACUCAGUGGUGGGGGCCAGGGUCCUCUGGUGGAGGCUUCAAGGUCCAGGAUAUCACCCAAAGAGGGGACCUAGAACAUGCCUCUGUGGGUGCCGGUGGUCCCUGGGAUGAUGGCUUGAGAGAUGCUGUCACUAAUGUCUCUGUGACUGCCCUGGAGUCUGUGUCUCAGGACAGUGCUGAUCCUUCUGGGUCAGAGGGGUCUGAAUCUGUUUCCUUGGAGGGAGAGGGUCAAGUACCCGACCAUUUGGAUGACCCCCAAGAGGUGACUGGCAUGGUCCCAGGGGCAGGAGACACCCUUGAUGUCAGUGGCCAGGGCCCCAACUCGGAGUCAGGGCACAUGAAUGGGAAGAUAGAGGAUGGCCUAGAACAGCCUGAGGGGCGGAGGGUUCUGGAUGGGGACCAGGAUCAAGGACUCCCUUUACAGGGACAGGAGGUAGUUACCCUAAAGGCCCCUUUGGUAGGGUCUCCUGUGCUCCCAGGCCCUAGUCAGUCCCUGGAGGGAGUAGACGGAGAGUCCUGGUCCUCAGGGGAAGACUAGAGAAUGCUCCUC